GCCGCGAACAGCCGGAGGGAGAGGGGAGGUCGGAGCUGUGGCCGGAGGGUGGGUGGACGUCCGUGGCUGCUGGGUGGGUUUCUGUGACCAUUGGGUUGGUGUCCAUGGCCAGCGGGUGGGUGUUUGUGGCCAGUAGAUGUCCCUGGCCAGUGGGUGGGUUCUGAGACCCGUGGGUGGGUGUCCGUGGCUGGGGUGCUCCUCGCCCUGGGGGUGCAGCAGGGCAGGGGCUGUGUUUGCACUGCGGCUCCGAGGACGGAGAGGUCACCCCAGGGCUCGGGGGUCCUCGGCGGGUGCCACCAUGCCCCUCGGCCAGCUGAAGUUCAAGGAACUGGGCGAAGAGGAGCCCACCUGGGAGGAGGAGGAGAGCCUGGCCAGCGUGAAGGCGCUGACGGCCAAGCUGAAACUGCAGACGCGGAGACCUUCGUACCUGGAGUGGGAAGCCCGGGUGCGGGGGCAGCCCUGGCAGAGCCGGACCCCCGGGGGGGCUCGGGGGGCAGAGCAGCGCUCUGGGCACCGCCAGGACGAGCAGGACCGCGGAGUCUGCGGCUUUGCCACCAUGGAGGCAGCUCUGGAGUGGGUCAGGACGGAGCUGCGGGACAUGCAGGCUGCGGACCAGCGCCUGGCGCAGCAGCUGAUGCGCCUGCGGGCGCGGCUGCACCAGCUGAAGGUGGAGCAGGCGUGCCACCAGCACAAGGAGAUGCUGGACGAUGCUACCUUCGGCCUCGAGGGCUGCGAGGAAGACUCAGACCUGCUCUGCAACAUCCCGCCCAAGGCCGCCUUCCUGCUCUCCAUGCCGCUCAAGCACAUCGGCGUCACCCGCAUGAACAUCAACUCCCGACGGUUCUCCCUUUGCUGAGCACUGGGACUGUGCCGAGUGCUCGGCAUCGAGCACGGACAGGAGACUUGUGGAUACCUACGGAUACAUCUGGACCUGGUGGGGCUCGCAGAUCGCUCCCCAAAUGCCCUGGGGGCUGCCGAGCUCCUGCUGGGGCUGCGGCGCUGAGCCGCGGUGCUGCCAGCCAUGCGCCUUGAACCCCGUCCCACGGGCAUUGCCACCAUCCCCAUCGGGCACGGGGGGUUUGGGGUACCCAGUGCCCUGUCCCUAAGGGUGGUGGGGUCAACCACAGUGGGCAACGUGGGGAGCGCCUCUUUGAGAAGGAAUAAAAGGAGGGGAA